AUGUGUUACAGGAUCUUUAAUCGACUGUGCGAAAGAUACGAAAAAUUUAAAACAACACACUUUGAAACUAUAGAAACACUAAAGAAGAACUUUGAAAGUUGCCGAGCGAACUUUAUAGAAUUCAAGGAAAGAUAUGCCGAAUGGAAUCCCGUAGCAUUAAUACCCAGUAGUGCAGUUUCAUCAACAACUCGGCUAAGAAACGCAAAAGUUAAGCGUCUGAUAGCUGAACAAAAACUUAAGACUCUUAAAGAAAAACAAGCUUUGGAGAAGGAGAAACUGCGAUUAGAGGCAAUACAGAAGGAGCUUAAAGAUAAAUCGCAACUACUGGAUCAAGAAAGUGCUGUGAUGGAAGCGAGGCUGGAGGAGUCAAUGUGGGCAGACGAAAGCACGGUGAUAGAAGCAGACAACAUAUUAGAAGAUGGGCAUAUUGUGCAGAAAACUAUGGAUUUUGGACAUACUUAUCGAAAUGAUAAUGUAGCCGAUAGCAAUACGGCACGUUAUUCUCGUGCUUGUCCCGGUAAAGAUCCCGAGGCUGCAGACGCACGUAAGUUCGAAGAUGUAACGCAGCAAGAUGGCGGAAAUAGCGCUUCCGGUUUAGAAGUGGAACGACUUGCAUCAAUCAUUCAAGAAGGAUUUAAUUUACCAAAACCAGAGUUACUGACAUUCAACGGUUCUGCGCUUGAUUAUUGUAAGUUCAUUAAAAAUUUUGAGACCAACACUGAGUGCAAAGUAAGUGACAAUAGGUUAAGAUUAUGUUAUCUAAUACAAUAUUGCACUGGUGAGGCAAAAUCUUGCAUAGAAGAUUGUGUGUUAUUGGAUUCAAAUGUAGGGUAUAACCGAGCUAAAUCAAUUUUGCAAUCUCGUUAUGGUAGGCCACAUGUUGUUGCGAGAAGUCAUAUUGAUAAAUUGUUGCUUGGCCCUAAUAUUAAUGCAUCUGAUGUUAAAGGAUUGUCUCAAUUAGCUUUAGAUAUGCAAAAAUGUCAAAUGACACUUUCACAACUAGGGUUUGUUUCUGACAUAGAUAACUCUGAGAAUUUAAGGCGCAUUGUAAGACGUCUCCCUAUGCAUUUGAGAUCAAGAUGGGCAAAGGUAGCCCACUCUAUUUUUGAGUCAGGGAGAGAAACCUAA